AUGGCCUCCAACAACGGUAGCAUUCCUGCCAUCACCGGGCAAAUCGACACCUCCAACGCGUUCCACAUUUUCCCAGAGCCGUUGCGCCCGUUCAAGGGCUCCAUCCUCGCCUACGCCUGCUCUUUUUGUUCCACUUUUAUCGGAUUUCCUCUCGACACCGUCAAGACUCGACUCCAGGCCCACAAGGAAUUCAGAGGCGUAUUUGACUGCAUCCGCAAGACAUACGCUAAGGAGGGUGUAAAUGGGUUCUAUAGAGGCAUCUACGCUCCGUUGUUCUCGUCAGCGUUCACCAAGUCUGCAAACGUGGCUUUGUUCACCAAGAUAAAGCCAUGGACCUACGAUACCCUCUACGCUGGAUCUACGGGCACUCCAGCCCAUCCAUUUAUCCGUAACAUCCCUGUGUGUUUCGCCUCGGGAGCUAUGACAGCAGUGACGAUUUCGUUCUUUGCCUGUCCGUUUGAAUUCAUCAAAGUCUAUGCCCAAUUGGAAAAGUUGGUUCACACACCAUCCAUGGUCAAUGCUACUGCCAGUGCUUCCACAGGAGAUAUUGUAAGGCUGAUUGUCAAGCACGAGGGCCUUGGAGGCUUGUAUUCGGGUCUCCGGUACCAUAUGGGCCGUGAUGCCCUUUUUUCAGCGACCUACUACUCGGUGUACGAGUCCACCAAAUGGUCCAUGAAUGCCCUUAUCAACCUGGACCCAGCCAAGUCGUCGCCCAUUUCCAUCCUGAUGGGUGGAGGUAUGGCAGGGAUUGUCGCCUCUGCCGUGAUGUUCCCCAUCGACAGUGCCAAGUCGUUGUUCCAAAAGGAUAUUAUUGCCAAUAUCUUGCGCAAGGAACACGGAUUAGAGCCCUUACCAUUGAACAAGCGUCCCAUUCUCAGCUUUGACAGGAGGUUGUACAAGGGAGUCGGCAUCACCUGUACAAGAUCGUUUUUGGUCAGUAUGGCGUUUUUCAAUAUCUACGAGAUCGCCAUGAAGUACUUAGCAUGA